GCCGGGUGUGGAAGAGAGCCGAGUGAAAGGUGCGGAAAUAGAGGUUUAUGGGACAUCGAUGGUUGCCAAUGAGCAGUAGACGGCGGGCGUUAGAUGGUGAUGUGCGGCUGACUGUGGACGUUGGACUGGUAGAUGGUGUCUGGUGUGUGGUGGACGGUUGACGGUGGACGGUGGACGGUGGACGGUGGAGUGUGGAGUGUGGAAGGUGGACGGUGGACGGUGGACGGUGGACGGUGGAGUGUGGAGUGUGGAAGGUGGACGGUGGACGGUGGUCGGUGCACGGUGGACGGUGGACGGUGGACGAUGGACAGCGAGUGGUGGACGCCUGGCGAUCAGCAACUAAGAAAGCCCGUAACUUAUUCGGCAAAGCCAUUGGAACUGCAUGAAGAUUGAAUAGGAGCUAAAAUGUAGGAGCCGCGUCUUUCAAUUGCCAACUGGGUCUGCUGAUGAGCAGCUAAGUGAGCAGAAGACGUUUCCAUUGAUUGUCGCUGAUUUGGCAGCAGCUCAUCAGCUUCCGUGCAGUGAUCAAUACCUGCGGGAGCUGCGCAUCUCCCUCCUUCCACUGAGCUGGCCUCCGCAGUGAUUAACCUAAUGGAGGUCUCGACGCUAGACUGUCAUUUGGAAACGAAUCAGCUGCACGUAAACAAUAAAGUAAGGUACAGGCAUCGCUUCUGACAUUGGCCAGUGGGUAUGGUUUUAAAUAGCCAUCAAUCAAAAUAAACAGUACCAACCUGGUUUCUAAUCGAUGUAUUUAUGCCUCAUAAGAUAUAUUGUUAAGAGAUAUUUUUGUUGUCGUGGCAACCUUCUCAUGACAAUCAAUUUUAUGGCAACUCUGAGGAGCUAGUCCUCAAAUAGCGUUCAUGAAAUUAAGGGACCCUUGUCACAUAUGUCGCACUGCCCUUUCCCUGGCCCAAUGUCGCUAACAUGCUUAGAUUUAAUUCUUAGAGCCCGCGCUUUAGCGGUUAGCCGAAUUACAUUGAAUAAAUGUCACGUUUGUUAAAUACUAAACACAUGAACCAUACCACACUAUCAAGCGGUUUAACCUUUCAAACCUGUUAAUGUUCAGAGGACACGCACUCCCCGGAAAAGAAUGUCAUGAAGCCGCUGGAAUCUGGUGUAAUGGCGACGUCUGCCCUCCGUUUUAGUGGUUUGUUGCCACGCGAGGUGGCAAAAUGAGACAUCAUUAUUACACCAGUCAGUCUGGAUGGUCCAUCAUUGGGCUUAAUUGGUGUGGUGGUUUAACAAGGAUUGUAAGCAUUGGUUAAAUCAUUGAACUUCAGUCACCUUCCAGAAGGAUCGGGUGUAUGCUAUGAAACUGUUGUGUUUAGACCAAAACCUGCGUCCUGCCGUAUUAUUUUGGAUUAACAUUGAAAUGGUUAUGGUGCGCCUGCUAGACCGAUAUUUUAUAAGUGGAUGAUCAUAAUUUAUUUGUGCAGGAUUGACCGGUAGCGAGACGGUUGCACAUUUUUUGUACGAGCAUUGCCGUAAAAUUCUUCCCAGAAUCAGGCUGUGGUGCUUUUUAGAUUAGAUACGUGAUCGCUUUGGUCGCUGCGGCCCACGGGAGUAAAGCGUACAUUGCGGCACAGUCUAACCUCAGGCGUAUACCACUAGCGACAUCUAUACGAAGGUGUUGGAAACUGAGGCCCAGCGCUCCAUCAUCGCUGGGAACUAACGGAUCUUGGAGUGAUGCAGCAUUGAUGAAAUACACCCGGACCAGAUACGACUCGUUAGUCGUUAAGAUUUUACGUUUCUCAGACCGGAAAAGAAACAACUCUAUUCCUAUAAGUGGGCGAAAAUUAGAAGGUUGAGCCGUUUGGGCAGAGUGGGUCAUGAGACGGGAUGCGAACGGCCAAGCUCACUUUUAAGUUUUUUUCUGCGUUUUAACCAUUUUCCACUGAUAUAUAAAAGAUUCUAAAAUAUACAUAUGUCUAGUUAGUUAUUCAUGAGUACAUUUGACGUAUCAGUGUUUUAUGGAAAUAGCCUGAGCGCGCUUAUAUCAAGCCGGGCGCAUGGCUGAGGAAUUUCCUCGGGCUGCCUCUCGCUCGGAUGAGUUGUUUGAAGUUGAUGCGGCGCCGGCGGCGUCUAAUGGUGACAGAUUGAGAGCGAAUGAGUCGCUGGGGACCGCCGAGAUCGCCGAUGGUACCGCCGGGAGCCGGCUGCACUCUGGUGACGUCACUGGCCGCUGUGUGAUGACGUCACUGGGUCUGACGGUCAGCAGCCAGUGCGCAAUGGCAGUCUGACCUUACCUGACGUCAGAGCGAGCGACGUAAAUCACCUCCUCCGCUGCAGCCCCUAAAUAGCACGUACGGCGGAGUAGCCUCAGCUUACCCUGCCUAAAUGCAAGGAUUGAUUCUCGGCAACCGCAAAAUAGCUACCGGCGAACCCAAGCAUUACCACAGUCUGGCUUUGUCUGACCUGACUUCGUCUGCCCUACCCUGACCUCGUCUGACCUGACGUGACCUGUCCGCAGGUAACCCGCUGCACUGCAGCUGCGAGCUGCGGGAGAUGUGGGCCUGGCUGCAGGAGCACUCCCACCUGCUGUCCACUCGGAACGUGACCUGCGGCUCGCCGGAGAACCUGCGCGGCCAGCCGCUGGUCGACCGCUCGUCGGCAUUCUUCUGCCCCUUCCCACUGGUGCAGAAAAUCGCCAUUCAGGACAUCCAGCCGCACUCUGUGGUCGUCUCCUGGCAGUCCCGGAACGCCAGCGGAGUGCUCGGCUACCGGAUCCUACACCAGCGACUGGGCGCGCCGCCGGCGCCGCCGGCCGCCGGCUCCGAGCACGCGCUGGCUCAGCGCGAGGACACCAGUCGGCCGGUGCUGACGGCGCCGCUGGAGCCGCGGCGGCGCUCCCACCAGCUGGACGGGCUGGCCGCCGACACCGAGUACCGGGUCUGUGUGGUCGGCCUGGGGGACUGGCUGCGCGCGGAGAGCCUGGCGCGGCUCGGCCGGCCGGCCGGAGCGCCGCCAGACACCGCCAGCCCCGACAGAAAGUGCGUGCAGGUGCGGACCCUGGAGUCGGCGCCGCUCUCGGUGCUUGCCGCCAACCUGGGCCUGAUCCUGGGCAGCUCGGUCGGCCUGGGCAUGGUGUUCGUGCUGUGUGUGGCUGUGGUGUGCGCCCGGAUCAACAAGGACCGCUCGCGUCCGCCGCCCAAACCGGACGACGUACCGCCGCUGCCGGCCGGCGCGCUGGCGCUCACCGAGAGCUACCCGAGCUACCGGCACUUUGCCGCCUCCAGUGACGAGCUGUUCGAGACGAGGACGUGACCGCGCGCCGCCAGCAGUCGUUAGUGCUGAAUGGAGCCGCCGAGGGACCCUAAUGGCGGCCCGGUGCUGAGCUGGCCGUGUGCUCUUGUUUGGUGUCGCCCGGCGCGAUAAGGCCAUGGAGAACGAAGCAACAACUCCCGGCCCGGGAAAGGUCACCGGGCCAAGAGCAACAAACAGCGGCGCUUGCCGCUCGGACCGAGCACGUAACUUGGUUAAAGUGGUUUUGUAUCGGCGAUAUCGUUAACAAACUAGGCAAGUGGCUAACGGCUGGCGAUCGUCGCUUUUGGAGCAGCUACAGGGAUCAGAUCAGAAUGUGUGCUCUGAUAAAUACUUGUAUGUUGUUCAAAUGUGUUAGCAGACUCAGUGGUUCGGGACACUGACUGGUUUCAGCGUGGUAAAAUCACACAGAGGACAUUCGUCAGCCAAGCUGAUUGUGUUCCAAACGAUGCAUUCGGGUGCCAACGUUUCCAUGUGUAUGUUGAUGUGAUGCUUAUGUUCGUUGUUUCGAUUCACAUCGUCAUCGUGUUAGCAUUGUGCUAAGGUGGUCUUUGAGACAGCCAAGUUAUCAGCUGUGAACAUGUUUAUGAGGUUUAUAGCAAGACAUCGUGAAAACUUGGUGACGUUGUGAUAGCUUAACCAAUAUGAUACAUCGGGGUCCUCGCCGUAAACUUGACCUCAGAAUGCUGAUCCUUAUAUGUAAUUCGUUCUUAUGUUGAACAAAUUGCUGUUCCUUUUGAUUUCACAUUUGUCUUCUUUUGCAUGCUGUGUUCAUAUUAUAUUUUCCUUUUUAAUGUUACUUUUCAUCACUUUUUGCUGACCAUUUGUGUCACAUACUUCAUGGAGAUCUUCAUUUUUGGCAACUAACAUUCCAGACUACGUACUGUUGUUCAAAACUUCGCCGUGUUUCGAUGUGUCAGCGUUCAGCUACGAACGGCCAGCUCCUGUGCGGGAUCUGAUCUUUCGGAGAAUCAAAUUCCGAAAGAUCAGAGAUAAGUGACGCUCCAAUCGGUCGCUAGUCUCCCUGUGCCGAGUCACUCGACCAUCAAAGGGCGCGGCUAGGGUGUCUUACUGUGCAACACGUCACAGUACGGCGAGUGUCGUAUACGACUGUUGUAUACGAUGGGAUUCGUAUGCCACGCUUUGUGAGAGUGAUCCGGUGUUUUCAGAUCAAUGCAGAAUGCGAUGAUUGGUGCCCCCAUAAGUCACCCCUGCGACAGGUCACCAGGGCUCCAUGCGGCCGCAGCGGGCGGAAUAAAUUGUGGUUGACACAA